AUGGAUAUUAAGGAGGCAGAGCGGGUAGUUAUAGCUAAACCAGUUGCUUCAAGGCCUACUUGUUCAAGCUUUAGGUCCUUCACGGAGCUUCUUGCAGGAGCUAUCGAUGCCUCUCCUUCUAAUAUAUCUUCUGAAACUGCUGUUCCUGCCAUCAGACCAAAGACUGUGAGGUUCAAGCCAAUGGUGAAUCAUGCUGUCUCUGGAUUGGUUUCUUCCCAGGCAGAGAUGUCUGGUACUGCACAUAGUAAUUCAUCAGAGAAGAUCUCAAAAUCAGACAGCAGAGCAAGUGUGGUAUACAAACCAUUGGCAAAAGUUGUAUCAAGGGCAACUGUUUCUGUCUUGGCAAAUAUGGGAAACUUCAAUACGAGCCACCAAUCUACACAAUCAUCAGUCGAGGCUGGUGUUCUACAUCAAAAUCAAGAUAAAUGCUUUAGAUCCCAACUUAGCCCAAAUCUGCGCCAUAAUAAUCCAUCAUGUGCUGAGACAAAUCAGACAAUAGAACCUUUGAAGAUAGCAUCACAAAACGUGGAAGAGGAUCCAAAACAUAUACCGUCCACAGCCAAUACUGAUAGGCCUUCUUAUGAUGGGUAUAAUUGGAGAAAAUAUGGACAGAAGCAAGUCAAAGGAAGUGAGUACCCGCGAAGUUACUAUAAGUGCACACAUCCAAAUUGUCCUGUGAAAAAGAAGGUUGAGAGAUCUUUGGAUGGACAGAUUGCUGAGAUUGUCUACAAGGGUGAACACAACCACUCAAAGCCUCAACCUCCAAAGAAAGGCUCAUCGGGAACGCAAGGGUUAGGCUUAGCAUCUGAUGGAACUGGUCAAGAUGCUAACAACCGGUUAUGGAAUAGUCAACUUAAUGAAAGGAAUGAAGGUUCUGAAGGUAGAGUAGAGGAUCAGAAUGAAGUUGGACUACCUGCGCAUUCUUAUCAAAGUAAAGCUCCACUACUUUAUGAUCCUCUUGCAAGUGGAGGAAUAAAUGCGGGUGGUGGAACUCCUGAUAAUUCUUGUGGUCUUAGUGGAGAAUGUGAGGAAGGAAGCAAGGGACCUGAAGCAGAGGAUUAUGAACCUAGAAGUAAAAGAAGAAAAAGCGAGAAUCAAUCGAAUGAAGGGGGCAUAUCAGGAGAAGGUGUGCCAGAUCCCCGUGUUGUGGUGCAAAGUUCUGUAGAUUCUGAUAUGACGGGUGAUGGCUUCCGUUGGAGGAAAUAUGGGCAGAAGGUUGUUAAGGGAAAUCCAUAUCCCAGAAGUUACUAUAGAUGCACCAGUCCCAAAUGCAGUGUGCGUAAGCAUGUCGAAAGAGUCUCAGACGAUCCCAAAGCUUUUAUUACAACAUACGAGGGAAAGCACAACCAUGACAUGCCACUGAGGAACACAAACCCAGGAGCAUCCGAAAAGGAUGCACAGGCCCCAACAACCAAAGAAAAGCCAUGA